AUGGUGCAAUUGUCGAACGUCACACACAUGUCCGUUCAUCCCGCUCAACGCUCAGAACUCACCUUCGUUACGGAGAAUCUCAUUCGACAGCUCAACAUUCCUCGUCAAUACUCAGGCAUCUUCAUCACUGGAAUUGGAGGCAAGGAGUAUACUCAGACACGAGGAGUCGUGUCGCUCACUUUACGUUCAACACAUUCAGACUCGAUUGCCAACGUCCAGGCUCACAUUCUCAAGACAGUAACAUCAAUCUUACCAUCCUUUGAAACGGAACCAGAAGAAUGGCCGCAUCUCAAACACUUGGCAUUAGCCGAUCCUGAAUUCCUCAUUCCGCGGCCGGUUGACAUCCUCAUUGGAGCAGACGCCUAUGGGCAAAUCAUCAAGCCCAACAUCAUCAGGCAUUCUCCAUUUAUGCCGAUAGCACAACUCUCCAUUUUCGGAUGGCUUGUUCUUGGACCAGUUAACAAGAAGACAACAUGCACAUCAACGCAUCAUGCUACUAUUCAAUCCAACGAAGAUGCUCUUAAUGAGUUGUUGACAAAAUUCUGGAUCCAAGAGGAGGUGCCUGCUCAUGAUGUUAAUCGACUCACCCCUAACGAACAGAGAUGCGAGGAGCAUUUUAAAAUGACACACUCUCGCGAUCCUUCAGGGAGAUAUACCGUCCGGAUUCCACUUAAGUCACCAGCAGAUCUUUUGGGUGAUUCCUACCACGCCGCUCAUCAAUGUCUUAAAGGAUUACGCAAGCGACUCUCAAGGGAUGCGAGCUAUCAACGUCUUUAUCAACAGUUUAUGACUGAAUACGAAACACUCAAUCACAUGACGAAGGCAUCAUUUAUCUCCAGUCAUCGCUCACAUUUUUAUUUGCCGCAUCAUGGUGUUCUCAAGCCUGACAGUACAACAACGAAAUUGCGGGUGGUUUUCAAUGGCUCUAGCGCAUCUACAUCGGGAUACUUUAUCAAUGAUCUCAUGUAUACUGGAGCAAAACUGCAUCUAAACAUCUCAGAUGUUUUACUGUGGAUACGUAGACAUCGUCACAUUUUUGCCACAGACAUCACAAAGAUGUACAGACAGAUCAAGAUUCACGAGGAUGACUGGGAUUUACAACGGAUACUCUGGAUAGACGAUCAGCUCAACGAAGUGCCAUAUCACCUAACAACCGUCACUUAUGGAACAAAGGCCGCACCGUUCUUGGCCGUGCGAACUCUGCUGCAAUUAGUAGAAGAUGAAGGAUAUAGAUUUCCACUGGCGGUGCCAUCUAUCAGUCACGGCAGAUAUGUCGAUGACAUCUUUGGUGGUGCAGAUACAGUGCAACAAUUACGAGAGGUUGCACAACAACUGAAAGACCUCUGCAUGGCGGGCGGCUUUCCACUAGCAAAUUGGCACGCAACUCAUUCCGAUCUAAUCAAGACUGUCACUGACAACCAAGACCAAGGCUUACCAAUCACAUUCGACGAUUGCGCAACCAAGAUACUCGGAUUAAAAUGGCUCCCUCAAGAGGAUGCAUUUGCAUUUUCAACAAGGAACUCUUGCGCUAAAAGCGGACUCACAAAACGCCUCAUUUUAUCUGAAGUGGCUCAGAUUUUUGAUCCACUUGGCUUUGCAUCACCUGUAGUGAUCAAGGCUAAAAUUCUUUUGCAGGAGCUUUGGCUGCACAAGCUCCAAUGGGAUGAACCACUGCCAUCCCAGCUCUCAGCCAGGUGGCUCAUCAUCAGAGAAGAACUCACAAGUUUGGCCAAACUCUCAAUACCUCGGUGGUUCAAUACAUAG